CGGGACGGAGGAAAGAGGAGGGGGAGUUCUGUUGUUCUGACGUUAGCCUAUCUGUAUCUAUUUUACUGAAUGGCCUUUCUUUAUCAGGAGAAGAUUAUCGACUCGUGUCUUGUUUCGGCACUCGCUAAUUUUCGAACUAAUCGUUUUCCCUUCUAAAUUAUAGUUCCAUGACUGAGAUAUCUCUUGCAAUGGACAUUUAUUUGUGACAUCGUUUGUGACAACCUAGCGGCGUGCGUGAACGAUUUGCCAAGUGAUGAUCUCAUUCACCCUUUCAAAAUGAAGUUCUUUAAAUUUUCGUAUGGGUUUUGGGCGCUAUUGUGUGUCCUUCUGAAUCCCGGUUGCGUCUUGUGUGAUGGCAGUGGCAAAUGGGUUUUCGAACUAAACGAGCAAUAUGGAUUUGCUACUAUUUCGAAGAGUCUGUUUAAAGGCUCUCAAAUCUUUAUUUCUGUGACAUGCGAUUCCGUCGAUCCUGAUACUAAUGUUACUGUUCAAUGGACUUUGUCGCAAUAUGAAUGUUGGCAAGAUUUUGCAAUGUUACAAGAUGGGAUAUCUCAAGGUCCUUUUUUGCCAUCAAUUGGCAUCAAUCAUGCACUUUCAAGCAACGCUACUCAGCAUAGAUGUGGUGAUCACGUCAUAUUGAUGGAGAUACCUCCAACAAUUAACAAGACUGCCGGUGCUUCUGCAGACACUGAAGUGAAGCAAAGUGUGAAAGACAGCAUUAGCCCCAAUAAACUUAGUAAUCCAAGUCCAUUAUACACCAUUGAACAAGAUGGACUUUAUUCAUUGAUGUUCCAUAUCAAAGGCACAACAACAUUUUCAGCAACUGUGACUAUGGAAAUGCAAAACCAUUAUGGAUACUUGUCUGCAGCUGCCUGGCCUUUGCUUCCAUUCUAUGGCUCAAUGUGCCUCAUAUAUGUGAUGUUCGGAAUUGGUUGGCUGACUGUAUCAUUUUGUCAAUGGCGAGAUCUUCUUCGAAUCCAAUUUUGGAUUGGAGGUGUCAUAUUGUUAGGCAUGUUAGAGAAAGCAGUCUUUUAUGCAGAAUACCAGAGCAUCAAUUCUAGGGGGACAUCUGUAAAGGGUGCAGUGUACUUUGCUGAGCUAGUUUCUUGUGCUAAACGAACGCUUGCACGUAUGCUGGUCAUUAUUGUGAGCCUUGGGUUUGGUAUUGUCAAACCAAGACUAGGAGCCAUGCUCCACAAAGUCUUGACCUCAGGAGUAUUGUAUUUUGUUCUUGCAUCUGUGGAAAGCUAUAAGCGUAUCAUGGGUACCAAUCUAAAAAGCUACGAUCUUCUUAUGGCAACUGUGCCUCUUGCUCUUCUUGAUUCUGCAUUUUGCUGGUGGAUUUUCUCAAAUUUAGUGCAAACCAUGAGGACAUUGCGUUUGAGAAGGAAUCUGGUGAAACUGUCAUUAUACCGACACUUCAGCAAUGCCUUGUACUUCUCAGUGCUUGCCUCAUGCUGCUUUAUGAUCUACUCAGUCCGAUUUCAUAAGCUGACUGACUGUCUCACGGAUUGGAAGGAACUCUGGGUAGAUGAAGCUUAUUGGCAUAUUCUUUUUUCUCUCAUUCUUCUUGUCAUAAUGAUACUGUGGAGACCUACAAAUAAUAACCAAAGGUAUGCUUUUACACCUCUUCUUGACAACCCUGAAGAUGAAGAUGAUGAAGAGGAACAAUUUGUUAGUGAUGCAUUUGGCCUAAAAAUGCGUGGCAGCAAUAACUCUUCAUCUCCUAAGCCUAAAUCAAGCACCACUGAGGAGGAAGAUUUGAAGUGGGUGGAGGAUAAUAUUCCAGCAUAUCUUAGUGAUUCUGCAUUACCGAUUUUGGACUCUGAUGAGGAGGCUACAAAUACCAGAUUUGAAGUUUCAAAAAUGCAGUAAGGUGGACUUCAUCAAAAUGCCAUUGGGCAACUCAAGUCAACUCAAGUUAAUGUGUAUAGGUCUCUGGCUGUGUCAUAUUGAAACCUGCAAAUCAAUUGAACUAUUCAUAACUGUGAGCAAUCUGUUUUGUUAAGUUUCUUCUUUUUUCUUUGUGAUUCUAACCGUUGGUUAGAAAAUAGUCAUUUAGUGCUUGGCUAGUGGUAUGGAAUGAACAGUAUUUAGCAACGAGAGUUAGGUUUGAGCCACCAUCACAUACCCGUACUGUCCUGUCCUGACCCUAUUUUUUACAAGAAAUAUAUGCCAGUGUUCCUCACUGAAUUUUAAAAUUUUUUUUUUUUUUUUUUGCACAAUUAGAAUUAAGCCAGUUUGUAUUUACAAAUGUAUUGCAGGUUGAAACUUGUGUUACGUUACAACAAUGUGAGAAUGUGAAGAGAAUGAAUGAAUGAAUCCAGCUCUGUGUGUGUGUGAGUGAAGUGAGAAUGUAUAUUUAACUCUAUGACAUUAAUAUUUAAUUAAACGUUAUCUUUGUUUUUAGGAAAGGAAGGUUUUUAAUGUGUUUUUUUUUUUGUUUUCUUUCGUAAGGAAAGGGCAGUUGAAGUAAAACUGUGGUUCUUGUACGGAGCCGUACUGAGCUCUGUGCUAGGAAGUUUCUGCAUUAUGUGAUAUCUCACAUUUUGGGGUCUUUUUCUAAUUUCAACAAACAUGGGAAAAAAAAUGGCUGACAUUGAAAAGGCAUCUUUCAUAGAUCAACCCUCAUUAAAAAAAUUUGUUUUAAAUUCAGCUUAGACUGAGAUUUGUUGUGAUAGUCAUAAUGGAAUUUGUCUUUCUUGUUGUCUCCAGUCCCACACUCUAGAAAAAUAUAUUCGUGAAACAAUUUUUGUUUGUCUUCAGUACAAGCUGUUUCUUCCACAUUCUGUUCUCUAAAGCUCACAAUGUGUUUUCAUCCAGUCCUUAUGACCAUAAUUUGUUUUAGUAAGUGUGUUAUUAAAUGUAUAAAACAGACUGUGUAAGGCCAUGUUUUUCUACAUAUUAGGCUCUUCUUACCACCUGUUUAAGCAUAAUUCUUCCCCAGGGCUUUAGUACUUAUCAGUGUGCCAAGUAAAAUCUUAGUAUUAUCUAUAACAAAACGUUUUUCCGAGUAAAAGAGUGCUUUUGCCAUAGUUUUUCUUCUUUGCACAAAAUUAUUCUUAACACCUGCGUAUUAGCAUAUUUAAUUUGUGAGUGUCCUUAUGUUGUUUUUUGAACUGAAACAGCUCACCUUUACAAAUUUACUGUAAAACGUUCUCCUUUAUUUAGGUAUCUUCAAAAAAGCAAGUGUACAAAAACUAUUUAAACUAAUUAAUAAACAACAUACUAUUA